AUGGCACCACCAACGAGCUCAGCAGCGGCUCAGUCAGUCUCGGCGACAGCGCCAGCCGCAUCGUCCUCGCGCGCUCGUCCACAGGGUGCACGGAAGAGAGCGCAUGUAGCCGCGGACGACGCGCCAUACCACGCACCCGCAUCUGUCUCUGCUUCGGCAGGAGGCGCAGGUACAAAGAGAGCGGCAGGAGAGCGGGCGGAGGGCGAGCCGAGGACAAAGAGGAAGAGGGUCGAGCAUGUUGCGAACAGUGGUGCAGCUGCGAAUGCUAGGAGGAUAGAUGGAGAUGGAAGGAUAUCUUUGAUCGACUUCACAACAUUACCCACUGCUGCACUGUACAAAUAUCUCGUACAGUACGACCUCGUUCCGGAGAUUUAUCCGUCGCCGCUCGGCACGGAAGACCCACCACCGCCAUCCUCCGUCCUCCGCCCCCACGGGCACGGACGUCGACAUGCGUCUACAGCAAGCCCAGGGCCGUCGUUUCCUGUCACGCCUGCCAACCGUCCGCGACGUGACCCGGUGAACCGGCGACGGAGCUCACGCCUGGUCGAGGAGGAGCGGGAGCCAGCGGUCAUGCCCGUGAUGGCAGACGUGGCCGACUUGCACGGGCUUCUUGCAGGCAUUGCGCAGCACCAUUUCCGAGAACACUCCGUGCGCGAGGUGGAUACCCUUGCGUCGUUUAUGUGCGCUGUGAAAGCGAAGGGUGAGUGUUGA